CUCCGUAAUCCAUAAUAAGUCCUCUCUCAAUUCCAUUAAUAUAUUUGCAUUGAAAAGCAAGAUAUGAAGGUUUACAUUGGUAAAGUUGGGUGUGAGAUUACUAAAAUUCCCUUCUUAUGUUCAUUGUUAGUGGGGAUUUGUUGCAUACAGAGCUUGAUUAUGAGUUGUGAAGGUGGGAGGGUUCACAUUAACAGCCAUGUUAGCGUAAACCCUGUUUUAAAAGUGAAGGCAGUUAAUUUGGGAGGAUGGCUUGUAACUGAAGGUUGGAUUAAGCCUUCUCUUUUUGAUGGCAUUCCUAACAAAGACUUGCUGGAUGGAACACAAAUACAGCUGAGAUCAGUGACUAUAGACAAGUAUGUAUGUGCUGAGAGUGGUGGAGGGACCAUCUUAGUUGCUAACAGAACUUCUGCAUCAGGUUGGGAAACCUUCAAGUGAUGGAGAAUCAACGAAAACACGUUCAAUCUCCGGGUGUUCAGCAAUCAGUUUGCCGGAGUGCAGGGCAGUGGUCCUGCAGUGGUUGCAGAAGCCAACAGCCCAGGAUCUUCUGAAGUCUUUCAGAUUGUUAGGAAGUCUGAUGAUACUUCUCGUGUUCGAAUACAAGCUCCUAAUGGUCUCUUCUUACAGGCAAAGACAGAAGAUAGCGUCACUGCAGAUUAUGCAGGGGAUGGUGGUUGGGGGGAUGAUAACCCAUCUGUUUUUGUGAUGACCAUAAUAGGAACCCCACAAGGCGAAUUCCAAGUCACGAAUGGUUAUGGCCCCGAAAAGGCCCCGCAAGUCAUGAAGGAGCACUGGAGCACCUUCAUUGUUGAAGACGAUUUCAAGUUUAUGUCUGAGAAUGGACUGAAUGCUGUCAGGAUUCCUGUUGGAUGGUGGAUAGCCAGUGACCCAACACCACCUAAGCCUUUUGUGGGAGGAUCACUACAGGCCUUGGACAAUGCCUUCUCUUGGGCGCAGAAAUAUGGUAUCCAGGUUAUAAUAGACCUUCAUGCAGCACCUGGGUCACAAAAUGGGAAUGAGCAUAGUGGAGCUAGAGAUGGAUCUAUUGAAUGGGGAAAAACUGAUGCUACUAUACAACAGAGUGUUGCUGCUAUCGACUUCUUAGCUUCCAGAUACGCCACACACCCAAAUCUAUACGCAGUGGAACUGAUCAACGAGCCUCAUGCCCCUGAUGUGACUUUGGAAACUCUGGAAAAUUACUAUCAACAAGGAUAUAAUGCAGUGCGCAAGCAUUCUUCAACAGCGUAUGUUAUACUGUCCAAUCGCUUAGGGCCUAUGGAUCCAAAGGAGUUGUUUCCCCUUGCUAGUGGAAUGCAGUUAGCUGUAAUUGAUGUCCAUUACUACAAUCUCUUCUCCAACAUAUUUGACAACAUGAAUGUCCAACAAAACAUAGACUUCAUCAACAACAACAGGUCCUCCGAUUUGGGCUAUGUCACCACCUCCAAUGGGCCCCUUACUUUUGUUGGAGAAUGGGUGGCUGAGUGGCAGGUUCGUGACGCAACAAAGGAAGAUUUUCAAAGAUUUGCAGAUGCACAAUUUCAAGUGUAUGGUCGUGCAUCGUUUGGUUGGGCUUACUGGACCUUCAAGAAUGUUAACAAUCACUGGAGUCUCCAGUGGAUGAUUCAAAAUGGUUACAUCACACUAAACAAGUAGAUCAUAAACUAUUGACUAGAAAUCAAACUGCUUUUUUAUUUCAAAUUCAAUGAAAAAUAACACGAAAUCUAUCCUAAAUUCUGAUUUGUAAUAUCAUGGAAAAUAACAUAUUAUGUGUAACAUAUAGAAGUAUACAAUAAUACAGAAGUGCUUAUAUUUUCAGUA